AUGGCUGACGAAGAAAUUAACGGUGAUACUGAUGAUAUUCAACACGACAAAGAUAAAACCCAGAAGAAGACUGCAAAACAUGAUAGUGGAGUAGCAGAUUUGGAGAAGGUUACAGAUUAUGCUGAAGAGAAGGAAAUAUCUUCGCAAGAUAUAUCUGGGGCACUGUCGUUGAUCGGUGACAGAAGAAAUAAAGAGGCUGCCGAGCGUCUUGAAAAAGAGAAGGAACUACAAAAGGUUUCAGUAAAAAAGGAUGAUAUAGAAUUAAUUGUAAAGGAGUUGGAAAUAUCUCGAACAUUAGCAGAAAGAACUUUAAGAGAACACCGGGGUGACUUGGUAGCGGCAUUAACUACUCUUACUGACUAA